CAUCCCAGACAGUUGCACUUGAUAAAGUCUGACUGUCACACAUUUUUAUUGCGGCCCUUCUUCACAAACCUUAACAUCUAACAUAGUAGUAUUACAAUACAAGCAUUUUAUGCAAUAUGUCAAACGUUUAACCCACGUGAACAGUUUAAAAGUAGCCCAACUCCAGGAAACCCAUGUAGUGUAGCAAUCUAAAGGAUGUUUGUGCCAUGUGACAAGUCGUGAAUGUGAAACCCCGUUCUGCACGAACUUCCUUACUGCUGCUUGAGACCGUCCUGCUACUCGAAUAACACACAAUCAUCUCCAGGUCAUAAUGAGCAGCUGACUGUAUGCAAAAACACUUUGUUUAGCUGCAGUAUGUCGGAGGAGCGGGGAAAGGAUUCUCUAUCUGAGAUGAGUCUCUCAGAGAAACAGAGCUCUGUGUCUGUGAAGAGUGACCAGUCAAAAGGUCCCAUGCCAAACUUCUGUGAGAAAAAAACGUCAUCUACCAAAAGUGUCAGAUCAGGCUCACCUGUAUCCAGCUCUGUGUCUGUGAAGAGUGACAUGUCAAAAGAAGAACAACAGAACUUCAGUGACAAAACAACGCCAUCUGCCAGAAGAUCAGGUUCACCUGUAUCCAGCUCUGUGUCUGUGAAGAGUGACAUGUCAAAAGAAGAACCAACAAACUUCAGUAACAAAAAAACACCAUCUGCCAGAAGGGCUCAAUAUGAGACAUUUGAUUCAGACUACCAGACUCACAGGAACCACAAAAAUUUCAAAGACUAUCUCUUAGGGAUCUUCCAGGAUCUUGAGAGCAAAGUAAUACAAUUCCUGAAGAACGAACUUGAAAAGUUCCGGAAAAUCUUACAGAAAGACAACCUACAAUACUUUGUGAAUGACUUUAAUGACAACAGAUGUAGCAUCAAAGAAGCAGCUCUUGAUCUUGCUCUCUACUUCCUGAGGGAGAUGAAGCAAGAUGAAGCUGCUGAUACUCUAGAAGAUGAUCUCAAUUUCAUUCAUCAGCUAAAAUGUAGCCUAAAGAAGAAGUAUCAAUGUGUGUUUGAAGGAAUUGCAAAGCAAGGUGACUCUACACUUCUGAAUAACAUCUACACAGAUCUCUAUGUCAUUCAGGGUUGUAGUGAACAAGUCAAUACUGAACAUGAGGUUAGACAGAUUGAAGUUGCUUCCAGACGUUGUGAAUCACAGGAGAUACAGGUUGAAUGCAAACAAUUGUUUAAAGCACCUGAACAAGACAAGGAGAUCCGAACUGUACUGACAAAAGGAGUUGCUGGCAUCGGAAAAUCAGUCUCUGUGCAAAAGUUGAUUUUGGAUUGGGCUGAAGGAAAAGAAAAUCAGGAUAUCAGCUUCAUAUUUCCUCUUCCAUUCAGAGAGAUGAACUUAAAGGAGGAAAAAAAAAUAAGUUUAAUAGACCUUGUAACUCAGUUUUUCCCAGAAACAAAAGGACUUAACCUUACAAGAAGAAAGAAUUUUAAAGUCCUGUUCAUCCUUGAUGGAUUGGAUGAAUGUCGUCUACCUCUAAACUUUGAGGGUAAUGAGAUGUGGACUGAUGUUUCAUCAAUGGCCUCUCUAGAUGUUCUCCUGACAAACCUCAUCAAGGGAAAUCUGCUUCCUUCUGCUCUCAUCUGGAUCACCACCAGACCAGCAGCUGCCAGUAAGAUUCCUCCUGACUGUGUCAACCGGCUGACAGAGAUACGAGGAUUCAAUGAUGCACAAAAGGAAGAGUACUUCAAAAAAAGAUUCACGGAUGAGAAUCAGGCCAAAGAUAUCAUUGAUCAUGUUAAAAAAUCAAAGAGUCUCUUUAUCAUGUGCCACAUCCCAGUCUUCUGCUGGAUUUCAGCAACUGUUUUCCAGAACAUUUUAGAGGAGAAAAUAAAUAAUGAUCUGAAAAAAAAUGAGGCUCAUGACUCCUCCAAAACACUGCAGGAAUCAAAUAAUGAAGACACUCCCAAAACCUUAACACAAAUGUACACACACUUUCUCCACUUUCAGAUCCAGCAGAUCCGCCGAAAGUAUGGUGGAGAAUUUAGACCAGAUGUUUCCAGGGAUAAAGAUACCAUUAUUUCACUGGGGAAACUGGCAUUUCAAGAGCUGGAAAAAAACAACCUGAUCUUCUAUGACACAGACCUGGAAGCCUGUGGUAUUGAUGUCUGUACGGCAUCAGUGUAUUCAGGCAUGUGUACCCAGAUCUUUAAAGAGGAAACAGGGAUAAUUAUUGGUUCCAUGUAUUGUUUUGUUCACUUGAGCAUUCAAGAGUUUAUUGCAGCCCUUUAUGCACACCUCUUUCUAGACAAAAACAAGAAAAGUGUAUUUAGUCAAGACUCUACAGAACAGGAAAACAAAAAUGAAAACAUGAUUGAUUUGCUCAAGACUGCAGUGGACAAGGCGCUUGAGAGUGACAAUGGACAUCUGGACCUUUUCCUUCGAUUCCUUCUCGGUCUGUCACUCCAGUCCAAUCGACGACUCUUACGAGGACUGUUGACACAGCAAGACUGCAAUGACCGUAACAACAAGGAAGUAGUUCAGUACAUCAAGCAAAAAUUAGGAGAAAAUCUGUCUCCAGAGAGAUCCAUCAAUCUGUUUUACUGUCUGAAUGAACUGAAUGACCAAACUCUGGUGAAAGAAAUUCAGAACCACCUUAGCAAAGGAAGUCUCUCAUCUGGUGACCUUUCACCUACCCAGUGGUCUGCUUUGGCUUUUGUGUUGUUGACAUCAGGGGAGGAGCUGGAGGACUUUGAGCUUCAGAAAUUCAAGAAAUCAGAUGAGUGUCUCAUUAGACUAUCAGCAAUCAUCAGAACCUCCAAAAGAGCUCUACUAAAUGAUUGUAACCUAACAGACAAAAGCUGUCCAGCUCUUGCUACACUUCUUGGAUCAGAUUCCAGCCUGAAAGAGCUGAACAUGAACAAUAAUAAUAUGCAGGAUUCAGGAGUGAAGAAAAUCUGUACUGGACUGAAGAGUAAAAAGUGUGAAUUGGAGACACUGAGACUUUCAAACUGCGGUAUUACUAAAGAAGGUUAUAAAGCUCUGGCUUCAGCUCUGAGAUCAAACCCUUCACACCUGAUAGAGCUGGAUCUCACAGGAAAUGAUCCUGGACAAUCAGGAAUGAAGCAGCUCACUGAUGUACUACAGACUGGGUGUUGUAAAUUAAAGAUACUCAGUCUAAAUGAUUGUAGCUUAACAGACAAAAGCUGUUCAGCUCUUGCUACACUUCUUGGAUCAGAUACCAGUCUGAAAGAGCUGAACAUGAACAAUAAUAAUCUUCAGGAUUCAGGAGUGAAGCAAAUAUGCACUGGACUGAAGAAUAUGAAGUGCAAGUUAGAGAUACUGAGGCUCAGUAAGUGUGCUCUAACAGAGAAAAGCUGUCCAGAUCUGGCUUCAGUUCUUAGUUCAGACUCCAGCAGUCUGAAGGAUCUUGACUUGAGCAACAACAAUCUGCAUACUUCGGGAGUGAAGCUGCUUUCUGAUGCAUUGAAAGAAAACUGUAUGCUUGAAAAACUCAGAUUUUCAAACUGCAGUAUCACUAAAGAAGGUUAUAAAGCUCUGGCUUCAGCUUUGGGAUCAAACUCUUCACACCUGAUAGAGCUGGAUCUCACAGGAAAUGAUCCUGGACAUUCAGGAGUGAAGGAGCUCAAUGAUUUACUACAGGAUGGACAGUGUAAAUUAAAGACCAUAAGGUUUCUGAAAUGUCCUGGUGCACAGGAAGUGUGUGAGUAUCUCACCGAAGUUCUGGGAAAAAGUCCAUUAUUACUGAAAGAACUGAAACUGAGUGGAGAUAUAUUAGGAGCCCUGGAUGGGGAGAAGCUCUCUGCUCUUUUGAUGGACUCUCAUAGCAAAGUGGAGAAAAUCAAUGUGAAUAAUUGUGAGCUGACAGAGAAAAGCUGUUUAGUUCUAGCUACCGUUCUCUCCUCCAAAACCAUCCUGCAAGAGGUGAACCUGAACAACAGCCGUCUGCUGGAUUCAGGAGUCAACGAGAUCUGUGAGGGACUGAAGAAUCCUGUGUGUGAGCUAAAGAUACUAAAGCUCUCUAACUGUAGCAUUACAGAAGAAGGCUAUAAAGCUCUGGCUUCAGCUCUGAGAUCAAACCCUUUACACCUGAUAGAGCUGGAUCUUACAGGAAAUGAUCCUGGACAAUCAGGAGUAAGGGAGCUCAAUGAUUUACUGCAGGAUCCAAAUUGUCAACUGAAUACACUGAGGUUUUUGGGUCCUGCUGCAGAUAAAGCCUGUCAAUAUGUAACUGGAAUUGUGGGUAUAAACCCAUUACUCCUGAGAAGACUGAAUCUGCAUAAACGUAAACUUGGAGACAAACGAGUGAAUCAGGUUGCUGCUCUACUGCAGGAUAAACACUGUAAACUUGACACAUUGAUGCUGAAUAAUAACAGGAUCACAGCAGAAGGUUUUGCUGUGCUGAUUUCAGCAUUGAAUUCAAAUCCUUCAAACCUGACAGAGCUGGAUCUGAGUGGGAAUAAAAUAGGUAACUCAGGAAUAUGUCUGCUGUUGAAUAAUCCUCAGUGCAGAUUGGAGAAACUGAGACUUUCAGACUGCAGUGUUACUGAAGAAGGUUAUAAAGCCCUGGCUUCAGCUCUGAGAUCAAACCCUUCACACCUGAUAGAGCUGGAUCUCAGUGGAAAUGAUCCUGGAGAAUCAGGGGUGAAGGAGCUCAUCGAUGUACAACUGGAUAGACACUCUACAUUAAAGACCAUCAGGUUUUUGAAAAGCCCUGCUGCAGAGAAAGUGUUUGAGUAUCUUACUGAAGUUCUGGGUCAAAGUCCAUUAUUACUAAAAGAACUGGAUCUGAGUGAAAAUAUAUUAAAAAAUCUGAAUUGGGAGAAGCUCUCUGCUCUGUUGAUGGAUUCUCAUAGCAAAGUGGAGAAAAUUAUACUGAAUAAUUGUAAGCUGACAGAGAAAAGCUGCUCAGUUCUAGCUGCUGUUCUCUCCUCUAAAACAAUCCUGAAAGAGGUGGACCUGAACAACAGCCGUCUGCUGGAUUCAGGAGUCAAAGAGAUCUGUGUGGGACUGAAGAAUCCUAUGUGUGAGCUGAAGAUACUCAAACUUUCAAACUGCAGCAUCACUGAAGAAGGUUAUAAAGCUCUGGCUUCAGCUCUGAAAUCAAAUCCUUCACACCUGAUAGAGCUGCAUCUCACAGGAAAUGAUCCUGGACAAUCAGGAGUGAAGGAGCUCGAUGAUUUACUACAGGAUCCAAACUGUCAACUGAAGAUACUGAGGUUGUUACCGAAUCCUACUGCAGUUGAAGCCUGUCAGUAUGUGACUGGAGUUGUGGGCAAAAACCUGUUACUCCUGAGAGAGCUGAAUCUGAGUGAUCAUAAACUAGGAGACACACGGGUGAAUCAGAUUGCUGCUCUACUGCAGGAUAAACACUGUAAACUCAACACACUGACGCUGUGUGAUUGUGGUAUAACAGAGAAAAGCUGUUCAACUCUUGCUGCAGUCCUGAGAUCGAACCCCAGUCUGAAAGAGCUUGACAUUAGCAACAAUAAUCUGCAAGAUUCAGGAGUGAAGAAACUCCAGAAUGGAUUAGAAAAUACGAACUGCACACUGAAGAAACUGAAACUUUCGAAAUGCAGUAUCACUGAAGAAGGUUAUAAAGCUCUGGCUUCAGCUUUGAGAUCAAACCCUUCACACCUGAUAGAGCUGGAUCUCACAGGAAAUGAUCCUGGACAAUCAGGAGUGAAGGAGCUUGAUGAUUUACUACAGAAUCCAAACUGCCAACUGAACACACUAAGGUUUUUGGAUCCUGCUGCAUAUGAAGCCUGUCAGUAUGUGACUGAAAUUGUGGGUGAAAACCCGUUACUUCUGAGAGAGCUGAAUCUGAGCGAACAUGAACUAGAAGACACACAAGUGAAUCAGAUUGCUGCUCUACUGCAGGAUAAACACUGUAAACUCAAGAAGCUGAAGCUGAAUAAUAACAGGAUUACAGAAAAAGGUUGUGCUGCUCUGACCUCAGCAUUUAAUUCAAAUCCUUCAAACCUGAUAGAGCUGGAUCUGAGUGGGAAUAAACUAGGAAACUCAGGAACACAGAAGAUCUUUCCACUGCUGAAAAAUCCUCAGUGCAAAUUGAAGACAUUGAAACUUUCAAACUGCAGCAUCACUAAAGAAGGUUAUAAAGCUCUGGCUUUAGCUCUAAGAUCAAACCCUUCACACCUGAUAGAGCUGGAUCUCACAGGAAAUGAUCCUGGACAAUCAGGAGUGAAGGAGCUCAGUGAUUUACUACAGGAAGGAUGCUGUAAAUUAACGACCAUCAGGUUUUUGAAAAGUCCUGCUGCAGAGGAAGUGUGUGAGUAUUUCACUGAAGUUCUGGGUGAAAGUCCAUUAUUACUGAAAGAACUGGAUCUGAGUGAACAUAAAUUAGGAGAUCUGGAUUGGGAGAAGCUCUCUGCUCUUUUGACGGACUCUCAUAGCAAAGUGGAGAAAAUUAUGCUGAAUAAUUGUGAGCUGAUGGAGAAAAGCUGUUCAGUUCUAGGUACUGUUCUCUCCUCCAAAACCAUCCUGAAAGAGAUAAACCUGAACAACAGCCGUCUGCUGGACUCAGGAGUCAAAGAGAUCUGUGAGGGACUGAAGAAUCCUGUCUGUGAGCUUAAGAUACUCAAACUUUCAAACUGCAGCAUCACUGAAGAAGGUUAUAAAGCUCUGGCUUCAGCUCUGAGAUCAAACCCUUCACACCUGAUAGAGCUGGAUCUCACAGGAAAUGAUCCUGGACAAGCAGGAGUGAAGCAGCUCUAUGAUUUACUACAGGAUCCAUACUGUCGACUAAAACUGAGGUUUUUGAAAAGUCCUACUGCAGAUGAAGCCUGUCAGUAUGUGAAUGAAGUUGUGGGUAAAAACCCGUUACUCCUGAGAAAGCUGAAUCUAUGUGACCGUGAACUAGGAGACACACGAGUGAAACAGAUCGCUGCUCUGCUGCAGGAUAAACACUGUACACUCAACACACUGACUCUGUGUGGAUGCAGUAUUACAGAGAAACAGUGCCAUGUCCUGUCUUCAGCUCUGAAAUUGAACCCAUCACACCUGAGAGAACUAAACCUCAGUAGAAAUAAAAUAAAGAGCACAGGAGUAAGGCACAUAUGUAAUCUCCUGAAUGAUUUCCACUGUAAACUGGAGAGACUGAGGUUUGAACACUGUUACCUGACAGAUGAAGAUUGUUCUGCUCUGGCUUUAGCUCUGAAACCAAACCCAUCACUCCUGAGAGAGCUGGCAUUACGUGGGAAUAAAUUAGGACAGUUGGGAGUAACAAACCUCAGUGAUGUACUGAUGAACCCACAAUGCAAGCUGGAGAAACUAGAUCUGUGUGGAUGCAGUAUUACAGAGAAACUGUGUCUCAUCCUGAUUUCAGCUCUGAAAUCAAACCCAUCACACCUGAGAGAACUGAACCUCAGUGGGAAUCAACUAGGAGACUCUGUUGUUGAAAUGCUUGGGCUUCUACUAGGCAGCUCACAAUGCAAGCUGGAAAAACUACAUCUGUGUGGAUGCAGAAUUACAGAGAAACAGUGUGUCAUCCUGACUCCAUCGCUGUGUUUAAACCUUUCACACCUGAGAGAGCUGGACCUUAGUCAGAAUAAAAUAGAAAACAAAGGACUGGAGAUCUUGUGUGGAAUACUGAAUAAUCCACGCUGUAAACUGAAGAGAUUAAGUCUAAAUGACUGUGGCAUUACAGAUGUUGCGCAUUUAACUCAGUCUUUGGCCAAUACAAAAGCAUUAGAAUUUUUAAAAGAACUGGAUCUGAGUAAAAAUAACAUAGGAUACUCCAAAAAGCAGCUCAUUGACAUGCUACGAGACUCAAGCUGUAAUCUGUGCAUGGAGAAUGAACAUUGGUUCAGCUGGAGCACUGGUGCUAAUAUCAUCAGUAGUAUUGGUGGAUGGUUAACUCGUUCUAAAGCUCAAGAGAAACCUGUGAAAUCAACAGAACAAGAAGAGUCACAAUCAGAUGAGGAAUUCUCAGAAGAUUCUUGCUAUAGUACUGUUAUAAAUGCAGCUCAAGAGGAACCUGUGGAAUCAACAGAGCAAGAAGAGUCACCAUCAGAUGAUGAAUCCUUAGAAGGGUCUUGCUAUAGUACUAAUAUAAAUGCAGCUCAAGAGGAACCUGUGGAAUCAACGGAACAAGAAGAGUCACCAUCAGAUGAGGAAUCCUCAGAAGGUUCUCACUAUAGCACUCUUAUAAAUGCAGCUCAAGAGAAACCUGUGAAAUCAACAGAACAAGAAGAAUCACCAACAGAUGAUGAAUCCUUAGAAGGGUCUUGCUAUAGUACUAAUAUAAAUGCAGCUCAAGAGGAUCCUGUGGAAUCAACCUUACAAGAAGAGUCACCAUCAGAUGAGGAAUCCUCAGAAGGUUCUCACUAUAGCACUCUUAUUAAUGCAGCUCAAGAGGAACCUGUGGAAUCAACGGAGCAAGUAGAGUCACUAUCAGAUGAGGAAUCCUCAGAAGGUUCUUGCUAUAGUACUAAUAUAAAUGCAGCUCAAGAGGAACCUGUGGAAUCAACCUUACAAGAAGAGUCACCAUCAGAUGAGGAAUCCUCAGAAGGUUCGUGCUAUAGCACUCUUAUAAAUGCAGCUCAAGAGGAACCUGUGGAAUCAACCUUACAAGAAGAGUCACCAUCAGAUGAGGAAUCCUCAGAAGGUUCGUGCUAUAGCACUCUUAUAAAUGCAGCUCAAGAGGAACCUGUGGAAUCAACGGAGCAAGAAGAGUCACUAUCAGAUGAGGAAUCCUCAGAAGGUUCUCACUAUAGCACUCUUAUAAAUGCAGCUCAAGAGAAACCUGUGAAAUCAACAGAACAAGAAGAAUCACCAACAGAUGAGGAAUCCUCAGAAGGUUCUCACUAUAGAACUCUUAUUAAUGCAGCUCAAGAGGAACCUGUGGAAUCAACGGAGCAAGAAGAGUCACCAUCAGAUGAGGAAUCCUCAGAAGGUGAAACAGAGAAGGGAGACGAGGCUAAUGACUGCUCAAAUAAGGUGGAUUGGCUAGAUAUAAAUCCAUAGGAUAAGGCCUUCAUCAUGAUGUUUGGAUUAAACUAAUCCAUAAUGAAACAAUUAAAAAUAUUGAUAAUCAUGACUGUGAGUGUAAUUUAGCACUUAAAUAUAUCAAAUGAUAUAAACUGAAAUCUGAUGAAGAGCCUGCAUGCUCGAAAUGUCACACGCUAUGUGAAAGUUUUAUUUUAAAUACAUUGUUCAUAUCUUUGGAGCUGUGGUGUUGCCGACUUUACAUAUCUUUAAAUAUCUUUCUUUUUUUUUACAACUGAAAGUGUAAAAUGAAAAUAAAAUCAUUAUGUGCACAGAUUCAAAUCUGAUAAUGUAAUGAUACUGUUAAUGAUACUUAAUGAUACUAAAUAAAACAUGAGAUAAUGCUCCUGACACAUAGUAAACGUCCAUCAAAUACUUUACUUCAAACUCGUUAAAUUCCAGCCUCAGCCCAAUCAGAAGUACCAGUACUUACAUAGAAAACUAUACAAAGUAGCCAGAAAGAAAUGCUAAGUUUAAAGAAAUUCUUCACAUGGAUUUAGAGGCUUUUGUAUCUGAACUCUUCAUAAAUGUAUAUGAACGUACAUGUAUUCAUACCAAACCGUCACGGUACAGACAUCUCGGUUCAGUGCAUGAGGCCUUACAACGAAUACAGGCAAUUCUCCCUCAAUCCAGAAGGGGGCGCCCACAGUAACGCUACGGUGUUUGAUAACCGCCAGCAGAAGAACAGCGAAUGCUGUGAGUUGCGCAUUUGUAUUCAACUUGUAUUCAACUCUUUGCGAAAUUUGUGCUCAUGUAUCCUAUCUCAUUCUGCAAAAAUCCAAAUAUUCCAUAAUAUUUCCAUAUUUGCGAUGUAUCCAAAUGCUAAACUAUUAUUUAUUAUGUAAAUUGACACAGUGAGGUGGGCGCUGAUGUUUGGUUCACUGUUUUAUUUUGAUAAAGUACCAACUGCGCUGUCAAGUUAGCAGUGCUGGAAGCCUGAAACUGAUAUGUUUUGUGUUUGUGUGCACCGAUGCAAUUACUUCAACUUUGCUCAUACCAGCAAAAUCAACUUAAACAAUAGGAUGUGUCUUUCUGCCGUUAGAGUUUCCUUUUUGUCACAAAACCGAACUAAAACUCAGCAAAUAUAGGCUACAUUACGUGUCGCACAUUUUUUCCCCCCUUGUCUAUCAGUUAACUAAAUUAAAUAUAUGUCAAGUAUUUAUUCCUUGUAUGUAUAUACACUGUAAACCCCACUGUUGUCAUUAAUAAAGAAAUUAAGUUAAUGUAACUUGACAUUA